CUUACAAUAAAAAAACCUUCAAAUCCUGUCCACCGCUCUACAUCAUCGAUAUUGCGCGCCAUAACCACGCAAGGCCAUUAUCACACUACUUAAGCUGUCUGCUUGCUAAAGGAUGAAUCAUGGAUUCAUUAUUGUUCGAUCACCCAAAGGCCAUGCCGACAUUGCCCCCUGAAUGCCUGGAGAUCAUCUUCAGCUACUUGCGCUACGACCUCGCCUCGCUGCACCGUCUGCUUCUAGUCUCGCGUGAAUUCUUCCGCUUAACAGUUCCAAUGCUGUACCAAAGUCCCUUUCGACUAGCUACAGGUGCCCCAGACCCAGCUUCACGUAUCAUAUCGUUCUCAGCAGCUGGAGAAUCCAGAUCUUUUUCUGCGCCCAGAUAUCGCACCGCACAUGAUUCAACAAGCGGAUGGGCCAGAUCCCUGGAGCGGACAAAGUUGCUGUCGAAGCUACUGAUCCAAGAGCUCAAAAUUGACAAUCUCGGUCAAAUUUCACGGCCAACGGUGCAUAAGGCUCCCAUUUUCGAUGACUGGGGCGGACUGGAGAACGUGCAGCCGUUGUUGGCACCAGUGGAUCACCAUUUUGGGCCGAGACGAUCGGUUAAUUGGGACAUGCCUAGCGAUUGGACCAGCAACAACCACUGGAAUAUGAACUUGGCACCAUCAGAGGACGAGAAUUGGGGUUCAGGACAUGCACGGCAACAGGAAGAAUGCUCCGAUCUUAUCAACUUUGAAGAUAAUGGUGACGAUGUUGGAUCUGGUUCACAUCAACAACACCAGCAGCGGACCAGAACAAUCAGCAACGAUGAUAACACCCCUCAGAAACGAUCAAGGACAGAUCUUUGCGCGAACUACUUCCAGUAUUACACACGCCACGAUCACCAUGCGAUUGGCUCGGUCAUCCGCGAGCUAUAUCCUGGAGCAGGCAGGCGGGAAUGCGACAAGUACAUGGUCGAGAUCGAGCGUGCAAUCCUUCUCCAUAAUCCUGGACGAAUUGAGUCGAUCUAUAUCCAGUUGCCUAGUGUAAUAGUCCCGCAUUUGCAGUCGAACAUCGACAAAUUUGAGCAGCUUGCGAUGAUCGAGCUAAAUGAUCCGGUUUGGACUGACAAGGACCUGGCGAUGGUGCACAAGUUCUUGAAGGAUUACUCGGCUUUGUUUCCGGCAGUCCCUCGAUCAGCAGCAGGAGAGGGCGGCCCAUACAAGCAAGGUAUCGAAGGAACAACGGUGACCUCGAUGGUGCAAAGGGGUAUGCGUCGUCGAGCAGCCGCCAUCCGCCACUUCAAGUACGCGAGCUUCCGAAGCUACUGGGACAAUACUCGACUUGACGGGCAGUUAUUUGAUCCAGUACAGCUAAUGAAGGCACUGGGUCCAGGACUGAAGACCAUCGAUUCUAUCUACUGGCCAAGGACGCAAUCUGCUGACUUGGAGACACUCGACGUGAGUGCGCUAUACUCCCUCAGGAUUUGGUCCCAGGCUACGCCCCACGAGGAUUUGGCGUUCAGUCGGCCUGAGUUCCUGUCGCGGUGUCGCCAAUUAAAGAGCUUGGAGCUAUUUUCGAGUUCGAAGGAUAUGUUUACAUGGGCGGUGGAAGAUUGGAACGCUCACAGGAAAAAGAAUGCAUUGCCGGAUAAUGACGAAGCGCUUCAUCGUCUCUACCCUCGGAUGCAGCCCUCGCCUCAGCCUUCACUCAUGAUGAAACCACAUAUCCGUCCGCCAGUUUCACUGCGACAUCUUCGGAUCCACGGACCGACAGAUCAGAUCGUUUACGAAAUUCUUCGCGAUGCCUUUUACGGAUUUCGUGAGACGCUCGAGACACUUGAGGCGCGGUCGGAUAUGGAGUAUGUUGAAGGCGAAGCAGAGUGGAUGGAUCAAGCGCAAGUUCUGCUGUUGGGCGGAGCGACAUCUGCGUUCAGAGGAGCAUAUCAUGACACUGUCGGAGCCAGGCAAGGACAGGAACCAUCGCCGGCGAGGAAUAUGGACGAUGAAGGAUGUUACGGCAGUCUGUCCUCGAUCGCUAGGGGACCUUUGCUGAUUCAAUGGAGCGUCUCACGCCUGACGAUUCUGGACCUGGUGGGACCCAUUGCGGGUGUAUUUGACCUGGGGUCCCUUCGACAAAUGCCCAGUCUACACACAGUUUGCUUCUGGAUUACGACCCAGCCGAACGCAUGGUUCAAUACACGCGCCCGAAAUCGUCCCUCCGCCCAUUGUUUGACCAGUGAUAAUGGCCAGGGUCAUGAAAGAUACGAUAUGACAGAUCUCCCUUUCGUGACCUUCCAUGCGCUCAAGCGGGUGUUAAUCCGUGGACCGUGGAUUGAGAUCACGGACAGGAGCUUGCAAAGAAUGAUUGACACCAUCACUGACCACAGCAACUGCGGCGACGAUUCUGACGAGAUCGAUGGAAGGUGGGGAAACCAGCUGCUCGAAUUCUCAGUAUUGGACAAUGCCCGAGUGACCGUCCCUACGAUGAUUCGACUUGCCUGUCAAAUGGACCAACUGCAGGUAAUGGGCAUGAGCUUGAACCUACCGCCACCACCAGAUGCAGUUCGUCCAGAGGACGUGUAUCCGUACGAGUACAAUCACCCGCUUGAAGGAACAAACAAGUAUGAUUUAGAGGAGCCAUUUUCUGAAUCGACAGAGUAUAUGGAAUCUGAUCCAGAUACCAUUGCGCGUAGGAUGAUCAUGCGGGCAUCAUUGGAGAUGCCAUGGGUGGAUCUGGGACCGGAGGCGAACCAUCUAGGACGGCGUGCCCGACGCGAUGGAUACUUAAAUCGAAGGUGGGAUCUCUAAGUCCGCCCUACCGCUAGUCUAGACUAGAUCCCAGAUUUAUUUUCGGCCAUAUAAACAAUAGACGAUGAAACACCAGCAUGUGCUGAGUGAGGGAG